AUGCCUGAUGGAACUAGUAGAUUUAGUUGUAAGGGCAAAACUAUAUAUCAUUUUAUGGGCGUUAGCAGUUUUAGUGAAUAUACAGUUUGUGCUGAAAUUUCUGUUUGUAAGAUUCCAAAAACCUCACCAAUCGACAAACUUUCCCCGCUUGGUUGUGGUGUCUCUACAGGUUAUGGAGCUGUUUUAAAUACCUGCAAAGUUGAAACAAACUCUACUGUUGCUGUAUGGGGAUUGGGAACUGUUGGAUUAGCUGUUAUUUUGGGUGCUAAAGAAAUUGGGGCAAAAAGAAUUUUGGCUAUUGAUAUUUGUGAAGGAAAAUUUGAAAAGGCUAAAAAAUUUGGAGCUACUGAUUGUCUAAAUCCUCGUACUUUACCAGAAGGACAAUCUAUCCAAUCCUAUUUAAUUGAAAAUUUUGAUGGUGGUUUUGAUUAUACUUUUGAAUGUUGUGGAAAUGUGGAGACUAUGAGACAAGCACUAGAAUCAGCACAUAAAGGUUGGGGCGUUUCUUGUGUAGUUGGGGUAGCUGGUGCUGGUGAGGAAAUUCGGACUAGACCAUUUCAAGUAUUUUAUUUCAAUAAUUAUUUUAUAUUAAUUUUUUUUAAUUUAAAGCUAAUUACUGGACGUGUUUGGAAAGGAACUUCUUUUGGGGGUUGGAAUAGCCGCGAUGAUAUACCUCUUCUUGUUCAAAAAUGCCUUGAUGGAAAAAUUAAAUUGGAUGAGUUUAUUACUCAUCGCUUUCCUUUUGACAAAAUUAAUGAUGCUUUUGACUGUAUGCAUUCUGCUACUGAAUGUCUACGAUGUGUUAUUUCCAUUGGGGAGUAA